AUGGGGAAUGAUGCGAUGAGUAAGGCGCUCAACCAGAUCUCUAGGUCACCCUUCACACACAAAAUAAAGGAAGGGGUGCUUCUUCGGCGGUUCACCCAGCCCACAUUCACCAUGUACAAUGGUCAAACUGACCCUGUGGAAAAUGUGAGCCACUUCAAUCAGAGGAUGGCUGUGUACUCCAAAAAUGAGGCCUUAAUGUGUAAGAUGUUCCUUUUCAGUCUGAGGUCUGUGGCGAUGAGGUGGUUCAAUGGCCUAGCUGUAGGUUCCGUUAAUUCCUUUAGAGAGCUCACCCAAGCAUUUGGGUCUUAUUUCAUCACCUGCAACGGUGACUUUGAUGAUGUGGCCAUCAAAACCUUCAAGGUCGGCCUGCCUACAGAGCAUGGGUUGAGGAAGUCCUUGAUUGAGAAGCCUACCACCAAUGUACGCAAGCUUAUGGAGCAGAUUGAUAAGUAUAAGAGGGUCGAGGAGGACCAACAGUAA